AUGCAAGAGGUUUCAGAAUGGCUGCGGUUAUUGCCGUUCCUGGGGGUCCUGGCACUUCUUGGAUACCUGGCUCUUCGUCCAUUCCUCCCCAAGAAGAAACAGCAGAAGGAUAGCUUGAUUAACCUCAAGAUCCAGAAGGAAAAUCCCAAAGUAGUAAAUGAAAUAAACAUUGAAGAUCUGUGCCUCACUAAAGCAGCUUACUGCAGGUGUUGGCGUUCUAAGACGUUCCCUGUCUGUGAUGGCUCUCACAACAAACACAAUGAAUUGACAGGCGAUAAUGUGGGUCCACUAAUACUCAAGAAGAAAGAAAUAUAGAGAAUCUCUAAUCCAUUAAAUCACGACUGAUGUGAAGUCAUUUAUACACUUGUAAUUGCAGGACACAAUGUUUUAUGUACGUUGUGGCAUUUUUAGUCUAAUGGUUGCUGUAGAUUUCCUUUUGGUUUAACCUAUAGUUACAGGCAAGUGCUAGACCUAGGUCUGUGAUUUGAUACUUUGUAUGUUCUGAAGAAUCAUGUCUUGUGUAAAACUGUAAAGUAAACAUCUUUGUAAAUAGGCCUUUUUAUCUGAACACAAUGACCACUCCCCAUCUUACAAUUAAAUCUUUUCAGUAUGAACGUGAUGUAAUAAAAAACAUACUACUCGUAAAGGGCCAGAUA